AUGCCUGUGGAAGUUGUUACGAUCGUGAACUCGUCGGGGAAGAUAAUCAGCAAUGGCAGACACCUGAUCAAUGUUCUUAAAGAAGCCAAGGCCUCCUAUCAAGAGAAAAAGGCGGCUAUUAAAGCUGAACGCGCCAUCAAGCGUAGUGAGACUAUCGACAUACCGAGCGCAUCUCGCUACUAUGACAGCAUCGAAUAUGAUGGAUGGCCUCGCCGGGCGUCUCACGAUGACGGUGCUUCUCAAGCUUCCUCUCGUAGAAGUUACCGCUCAAAGCGGUCUACUUCUCAGGCGGGAACUGCCUUGACUGAACGCAAUCUUAAGACUCUUACUGAAGUCUCCUCUACGGCUCCUUCGCGCCCUCCAGUUACAUACCGUUCUCCCUAUGCCGAGACAGCCCCUAGAGACAUGAUGUUGAGUCGACCAACAUUAGCGCAUGCGCCAACGAUGCCUAUCUACGCCGGCGAGCUGGUCAACUCGACCCCGACGCAUAUCGUGCCCGUGUCCCGAUCAACAUCGGAUCCGGCCCUAAGGGAGAAGGGGAAGGACAUUGACAUGAACUUAGCAUAUGGAAGUCUUCCUCCCGAUCUAGAAGAGAGGGUGGACCUAGACCCUGUCCACAAGAAUGUCGAAAAAGAGCGCGAAGCAAUGAGUGUAAUAGAGAAGAUCGAGAAUCUACUAACAGAAGCUCAAUGUUUACACCAUACCGCAACGCAUAUUAUUCAGCAUCUACAGGGAAACCCGGAAGCUGCCGCUGCUGUUGCUCUUACGCUCGCCGAGCUUUCUGCGCUACUGGGAAAGAUGUCGCCUUCUUUCCUUGCCGUCCUCAAAGGUGGAAGUCCUGCAAUUUUUGCUCUUCUAGCCAGCCCCCAGUUCCUUAUUGCGGCUGGUGUGACGGUCGGAGUGACGGUGGUCAUGUUCGGAGGUUGGAAGAUUGUGAAGCGUAUCCAGGAAGCUAACUCUGCUGCUGCUUCUCCGAUGGCUUUCUUGGCGCACCAACCAGCGCCUGGUGAAAACAAUCGGGCUCCAUAUCCGGAAUCGGAAGUAAGCGCGGGCUUCGACGAAGCUCUUGUGCUCGAAGAAGAGUUAAGCAGUAUCGAAAUAUGGCGUAGGGGCAUUGCACCUUUUGGCGAGGAUGGUCAGGCCGACCUUGAGCUUAUCAGCCCAGAAGCUGAUCGUGCGAUUCGCAGUCAGUACGGUGGUGAUGAUGCGCGGACCGAGCGUAGCGUUCGCACGAAUAGAACUGGGCGCACAGACAAGACAUCCAAGACAAGUAAAACGACCAAGACUAGCAAGUCGCACAAACCACCGAAGAGCCGGAAGGGCGACACAGGAGAGCAUCAUGACGUUCCCAAGAAUGGUAGCAAAGAUGUCGAUAACGCAAGUGAAGCGGGUAGUCACCGAAGCCACCGAAGUACCCAGAGUCAUCGCAGCCACCAAAGCGUCCAGAGUCAUCGGAGCGAUAAGACGGAACGUCACUCCAAAUCUAAGCGAUCCGAAAAGGUAGAGGUAAAGGCCAUCGACGACAGUAACAACGACCGAGAAAAAUCACUCAGCGUCGCGCUUCGCCCGAAGAAGGACAACAUGCUUAAAUCCUUAUUCAAGAAGAAGAAGGACCGCGAAGAUAAAGAACGGGCUUACUCGGUUGUUCGGUGA